GGUGGCCAUGCGUUUCAAAGAUGAACAAAAUUGACACCGAUGCGGUGACAGCAGUUCUAUCGGAUUGGAUGAUGGACUACGGGAUUCCGGUCAUCAUUCGGACAGACGGUGGCCCACAAUUUAGAUCGGAGUUCGACGCGUGAUGUAGAGACAUGAACGCCAUUCACUAGUUAUCUGCCCCAUAACAUCCGGAAUCCAACGGUAACACGGAAGCAGGUGUUAAAGCCAUGAAGGUUUUGCUCAAGAAAUGUUCAUCGGACUGGGUCGCUUUUUCGAUCUGCACUCCUUCAGUGGAGGAACACUCCUAAAUCUGACGGUCUUAGCCCCGCCCAAUGAUUGUUUAGCCGAUGUCAACGCACCCUAAACCCCGCACACCCAACAACUAUCAUCGGCUCACAGACCUGGACAUGAAACAUGCAGAGGAAAAAAAGAGAGGAAAUUAGUGCUUCUAUCAAAGCUCAGCGAGACGAACACUCGAGAGUACUCUCAACAUUACAAGUCGGAGCGUCCGUGAGAGUCCAGGAUCCAGUAACAAGAAAAUGGAAAUCGGUGGCAAAAAUUCAUGAAGUUCGAGCCAACGGGAGAUCAUAUGUCAUCCAGGAGAAUGGUCGACAGUAUACCUUCCCUGAAGUGGAUGUUGUGUUCCAUUUAGCUGCUGUGGCUCGCAUCCGUCCCUCAUUUCAAGAUCCCAUGGGAUACUUCAAAACCAACGCUUGGGGAACUUUGAAUCUGGUAGAUUGGUGCGCUCAAAACGAAGUUCCAUUAAUCUAUGCCGCCUCCUCGUCCAAAUUCCAUGGCAAAUUCAAAAACCCUUACACCUUCAGCAAAGAAAUCGGUCAAGAGGUUAUACAUCUUUAUUCGAAACAUUUUGGCUUAAAAUUCAGCACUGCGGUUUUUUUUAACGUUUAUGGACCAAAACAACUAUUGACAGGUGGAUACACAACUUUGAUCGGCAAUUGGCUCAAUUGCCUUCAAACGGACCAGGAAUGCAUCAUCUACGGCGAUGGGGAGCAAAGACGAGAUUUCACGCACAUUGACGACGUUGUGGACGGCCUUGUGGCCAUACUCGAGCAAGGAGCUUACGGCUAUGAGUUCAACUUCGGGAGCGGCCAAAAUUACAGUGUUAACGAGGUGGCUGCCAUGUUUGGGAUCUCGCCGAGAUACGAACCAGCCCUUCCCGGAGAGGCCCGAAAUACGCUCAACGAGGAUAAGACUGCCGCGAAUGUUCUGGGUUGGUUGCCGAGAAGAAACCUACCGAAUUACAUCCAAACCAAUUGCAUAAAGUGCUGUUUGUAAUUUUAAAAUUGGAUUGAGACAACUGUAAAAUGUUUGAAUAUUGCUUUUUAGCAAUUCUCUUUUGAAAUUCUUCACGUAUUCAAAGCCAGGAUUUUAUUACAAUCAGAUGGAAGAGACAUACUCGAUCCACAUUGAACCUGGCAAGAUCUCUGAAAGGUCUGUUCAUAAAAUCUAAGUUCGUGUCCACUUUUGAAAAUAUAUACACCGCGUGUCCCAAAAACGA